AAGAAGCUUCGGAGCUCUACAUACGGUGGGAGUCACUUGCAUGGCCGCCAAUUUUAUAAACACAAGUUGGUUCACUUCCAUGUUCAUCUUAUUAUAUUCAAGUUUCGGCUUGUCAGGCAUAUGGGUUUCCUGCCUCCUUUCCUUAAAGUUAAAAGAUUCAGGUAAAAGAAAAAUGCAAUACUGCAAAUUGCUCGUACGCAAGUUGCGUGAGUUGCUGCAAUCUAGGUAACCUCCUUUUACUUGGUCUUUUUUGAGGACAUUGCGUAUGGUGGCACUGUUUUCACGUGGAUUCGUUGGACGCAUGUUUUCGGUGUGUCUGCUGGUCGGUCCAUGAGUGCAACUAUAUACUCUUACACAUGCAUCGUUAUACACCUGAUGCAUAAGGAAAGAUUAGAGUCUGGCUGUGGAGAAGAGCUUUAUUUAGGACGUUGAAUCGCCGCAUUCAGAGACAUUUGUGGCUGUUCGGUGUUGGGGAAAGUCUUUGAGGCUCUUGGGGGCGAAAUCGGGCAUAAAUUGCAAUCCACGACAAGUUCUACAGCGUGACGUCAAAUGAUUGACUAAGUUGUAGGAAGAAGCUUGUUAUUUGUGAUUUGACCGUGUUGGGCUUGUCUGCUGGGUUUUCCGUGGUGUGUCUCUGUAGGAAGUGUGUAAGAUGUGUGGCCGUGUAUGGUACGUCUUCGGGAGAGCGUGAGAGAUAGCUUGUGGUUGACAUUUCGCAGAACGGAGAGCUUACCUCCUUCCAAAACUUUCGCCUUGCCUGGCAUUCCUGGCGCUGUCUCACCACAUUUGCUGUCAUCGCGGAAUCAAUUGCUUCGAAGCGCACACUACACAUCUUUCGUUUUCUGCACCGAGUAGUACGGCGUUAAAGAGUUCCGGGGGCGGAUUCUGGAGGAUUUCGUAGCUGAAUCCUGACCCAAGUAGCGUAGUCGAGGAACUGAUAGAACCGAUUGGCAUUUCUCAAGGGCUUCUGAGACUCGGAUCGUUUUCGUUUUUAGCACAACAUUUGUUUUCUGUAUGGAACGAAUCAAAGUCGGAUAGUGUACUGUGUAAUUUUGUUGAACUCUCAGCGCUUAUCUUAUCUUUUCUCGGCCUAAUUACAACGAAACCUCGAUUUUAUUGGAUUUGUAACGAUGGCCGACUCGCUGAAGAAGCAAGAUCAGCAAUCUAAGAUGACUACAGAUAGGACGCCGCUGCUGCCGAGCAAGAGACAGGACAUGAUUGAGGAGGAUGUGUACGAAGAUUAUCACGAAGCCUCUGUGCCUAGCGCGGUUUUCAACCUCUCAACGACCAUUGUGGGCGCUGGGAUCAUGGCACUGCCGGCCACCAUGAAGGUGCUAGGUCUACCGCUGGGCAUUCUCAGCAUCAUAAUUAUGGGGUUUCUCAGCGAGAAUUCCAUUCAAAUUAUGCUGCGAUACUCUCGGCCGUCGGGAGCGAGGUCCUAUGGUGGAUUGAUGGGAGAUGCAUUUGGCACAUUAGGCCGUGUCGUGGUGCAGCUCUGUAUCAUAAUCAACAACUUCGGCAUCCUCAUCGUGUACCUAAUCAUAAUCGGCGACGUGUUGUCGGGAAGCACAGGAGGAGGGGAGCACUACACAGGUGUGCUUGAAGAGUGGGCGGGAGGCGCAACAUGGUGGAAUGAGCGCACCUUUGUUCUUUUCACUGUAAUGGUUGUCAUUCUUCUCCCGCUCGUCUCGCUCCGACAUGUUGAUUCUUUGAAGUGGACAUCAGCUUUGUCAGUCGCACUGGCAGUUGUGUUCGUAGUCGUCAUUGCCGGUGUUACGAUGUGGAAACUCGUCGCUGGCGAAAUUGUGUGGCCAAGGCUCACUCCAGAUGUUUAUGACCAACAGUCAUUCUGGAAGGCCUUCACCGUCAUUCCUGUCAUAAUGACUGCCUACAUUUGUCAUCACAACGUACAUCCAAUUGCAAAUGAGCUUGCCGGAACUGCCGACUCCUCCCACGAAACGAUGAAGAAUGUAGUGCAAUGGUCGAUGUUUCUGUGUGGCACUAUCUACCUGUGCACUGCCACUUUUGGAUAUCUUCUCUUCGGAGAGGCAACGAGUCAUGAUAUCUUGUCCAACUUUGACACCGACCUCGGUGUACCGUAUUCCCAUCUCAUAUGCAUCAUCGUCCGGAUCAGUUACGCCGUGCAUAUCAUGCUGGUAUUCCCCCUCCUUAACUUCUCCCUUCGCCUCAACCUCGACGCCAUCCUGUUCCCCAGGGCCACCCCUCUUGCUCACGAUACAAUUCGAUUCUCUCUCGUCACGGGCUUCCUCAUCUGCUGCAUCUUCUUCGGUUCAGCUGUGGUACCCAACAUAUGGAUUGCUUUUCAGUUCACUGGUGCAACCGCUACUGUUUGCUUGGGAUUCAUCUUCCCUGCUAUCGUCUUGCUCAAGGACAAGCCGUUGUUGGCAACCAAGAGCGACAAGAAGCAGGCCGUGGUGAUGGUGAUCCUCGCAAUCCUCUCCAGCGUUGUUGCCGUUACCACGAACCUGUUCAACCUUUUCGAACCAGGAAAACCUGCAGGUCUCAACGGCUACUUCCUUCAUUGAAGAGCGUAAACUAGGCACACAGGGAUUAUUUGGUUAUGCUUUGAAAUUGGAUAUGCCCUCUCAGCAAAAUUCUCCUGCUCGGCGCAAUAGCCACAUUAUGAACAGAGUUGAUAGGUUUGUAAUUAGCAAAGUCCUAAAUUUGAAUCUCUCAAAUUCAAGGCCUCUGACAUUGUUUUCCUUGUAGGAACUAUCAACUACAUUUUGUAUUUAUACAAAUAGAACAGGUCAGUGCAAGAGCUGCAGAUUAGGUGAAUCAUCUGUACACAGGAUUUUGAAAGUGAUUAUAACGAUCGUCUUUCUUUGUACUACCAUAUUCGAAGACUAGCACUCAAAUGUGGUGUUGUAUUUGUUAAUACAAGUUGUCUUUGUGCCACAGCUUCAAUUUA